CGGCUCUCUCAUUUCAGGAGCAUUUCCAUGCCUGCACCCGGCGCUCUUUCAGACACCGUCAAAAAAUAACUCACUGUCAUCAUCAGUGGAAAACACCUUCGACUCUUGACGGGACUAAUUAUUUCAAAUAGCCAGAGGAGUGGUUUUUCCUGGUGGAGGGAUAUCGACAAAAAAGAGAGAGAGAGAUUGACCGCAGUAACGACAGGGCCCAUUGGACACUGAGCACCCUUGGGCCAGUCUGUCUAGUAGACAUGUUUCAAACUGUCCCUGACACGUCGUCUUACGUUAAGGUAAGACACCACCGUCUGUUGGAUCAGGAGGCGCUAUCAGUGGUGAGUGAAGACCAGUCCUUAUUUGAGCCUCCAUACGCUGCUGCUGCCCCUCUCCCCAAAACAGACAUGACUGCAUCUGGCACACAGGACUACAGCCAGACCCACAAAAUCAACCCUUUACCCCCACAGCAGGAGUGGAUCAACCAGCCUGUGCGGGUCAACGUCAAGAGAGAAUAUGAGCACAUGAACGGAUCCAGGGAGUCUCCCGUGGACUGCAGUGUGGGUAAAUGUAAUAAGCUGGUCGGGGCUAAUGACACAUCUCAGAUGACCUAUGGGAGCUAUAUGGACGAGAAGAAUGCUCCUCCCCCCAACAUGACCACCAAUGAGCGGAGAGUCAUUGUACCUGCAGACCCAUCACUGUGGUCUCAGGACCAUGUGCGGCAGUGGCUGGAGUGGGCCAUCAAGGAGUAUGGACUGCUAGAAAUUGACACAUCAAUGUUUCAAAACACAGACGGCAAAGAGCUCUGCAAGAUGAGCAAAGACGACUUCCUCAGACUUACCACCCUGUACAAUGCAGAAGUGCUUCUGUCUCAUCUCAAUUACCUCAGGGAAAGUAGCUCAUCAUUAUCCUACAAUACGCCAUCUCACACUGACGCAUCACCACGUUUGGCUGCCAAAGAAGAUCCAUCAUACGAUGCUGUACGGCGGACAGGGUGGUCUAACAACAUGCACAGUGGCAAAGGCUCACCUGUAGUUCCUCAGAAUGUGACCAAGUCCACUGAGCAGGCCAGGCCUCAGCCAGAUCCUUAUCAGAUUCUGGGCCCCACCAGUAGUCGUCUCGCCAAUCCAGGCUCAGGUCAAAUCCAACUUUGGCAGUUCCUCUUGGAGCUCUUGUCCGACAGUGCCAAUGCAGGGUGCAUCACUUGGGAAGGGACCAAUGGAGAGUUUAAGAUGACAGAUCCAGAUGAAGUGGCACGACGAUGGGGUGAGCGUAAGAGCAAGCCCAACAUGAACUAUGACAAGCUGAGCCGUGCGCUGCGCUACUACUAUGACAAAAAUAUCAUGACGAAAGUGCAUGGCAAACGCUAUGCCUACAAGUUCGACUUCCAUGGUAUUGCUCAGGCACUGCAGCCACACCCCACCGAGUCAUCAAUGUAUAAAUACCCCUCGGACCUAGCCUAUGUGCCUUCUUACCAUGCCCACCAGCAGAAGGUCAACUUUGUAUCCCCACACCCUCCAUCUAUGCCAGUCACCUCCUCCAAUUUCUUUGGACCCACUGCUCAGUACUGGAGUUCGCCCACUGCAGGCAUCUACCCAAACCCAAAUGUUCCUCGCCAUCCUAACACCCAUGUGCCAUCCCACCUUGGCAGUUACUAUUAAAACAACUCUCACCGAUCAAUGACCAACUUUUUAAACCUACCUUCUCCCCCUACCAAAAUUGCUGAGCUGCACUCCUUGUACUGCCAAAGACUGAACAGAUGGAAACAAACAUCUAAAGAAAUGCUGUUCCUUAAAGAAGAAUGAGUAAAUUGAAUAUUUUUUUGUGUGUAAGAAUUUAU